CUUUGGUGUUGUGCAGGAGUGCCCCCGGUGGCUGGAUCGCAAAGGAGAGUCAUGAACCAAUAUCUUUCGGGGCCACCUCUACGUAGCCCGUUCCUCCCCGUUCCUCCCCUUCCACCUGCUCGAACCUGUGGCUGGAUAUCCGCAGCCCAAGCAGACGCUGGAACAUGUGUGUUGGACGACAGACCUGGGCCGAAAUUGCACAUCCCUCAUCCCGACCGACUAGACCUCCGAGCCGUCCCCGAUGUCCUCCAGCUGGUUUGAGUGAGGCAAAGGGUUGACGCAACUCCCAAGGCGAACCGAAAAAAUGGCAACGAACAUGGAAGACAUCGUACAGAAGGCGGCCCAAGCAAGGUCGUUCACCCACGAUGGGUUUAUAUUUCUGGGAAUCGGCAUCGCUGUCACGCUCCUUCGGACUUGGGCCAGGUGGGACCAGGCCGGGUUCAAGAGAUUCCAGGCUGAUGACUAUCUGGUGUGGCUUGCGCUUAUCCUGUACGGCGGAGAGACGGCUAGCAACUACCUAUUUGUCAAAUUCAGCCAAGGUCUUGCGAAUAACGACAUGACAGACGAGGAGAGAGCUGCUCUCGACCCGAAUAGCGACGAGUUCAGCAUGAGAGAAAGAGGGUCAAAGGCGAAUUUCGCCUCUUGGCCACAAUACGCAUUGAUCAUGUGGUCUCUGAAGGCUGCAAUGUGCGUCUAUUACCUGCGUCUGAUGGAAAGAUCAAAGUACCGCAAUAGAAUCUUUGUCGGGUUCGGUAUUAUCGGCAUAACAUUUUUCUUGGUGAUAAUCGUCAUUUUUGUCUCUUGCAUCCCGAUCACGAAAUGGUGGCAAAUAAACCCCGAUCCUGGACCACUCUGCUACUCCGUGUCGUCCCCGGCCAUCCUAUGGACGUUUAUGGCAAGCAACAUCGUCACGGACCUCUACAUCAUUUGGCUUCCAAUGCCGAUGCUCUUCAAGUCGACACUUCCCAUGGCCACCAAGAUCGCCUUGGCCACUCUCUUUGGCUGCGGCAUAUUCGUCACCAUUGCGGGUAUACUGCGGGUAACGUACAUAAUCUAUUCGCCGCAUGACCUCCACCGCAUCAGCUUCUGGGCCGUGCGGGAGACAUUCGUCGGGAUUGUAACGACAAACCUACCUUGUAUCUUCGUGCUGGUCAGGCGGUGGCUGGCACCCUUUUUCAGCUUCUUCCGGACGGGAAGCUUCGGCAGCAGCGGCAAGACGAAGUUAUCGCGACCCAAGAGCGUCUGGGCGGGCCAGAGCCAGGCGGCGCACGGAGUCACAACGCACAAGUCCCCGGCGGCCUCGGUGUCAGCCGCGGGGCGCGGGGGCCAGGGCUUCCAUAUGGGCCGGAUGGGCACUUUUGCGAUGGCUGAGGGCAACAGCAGCCAGGAGCGCAUUGUGCAGGACUUCCCGGACGAGGGCGAGGGCGGCUUCGGUAGCAGGCUGGGCCGAAAGGUCUCUAUCAAGAGGAUGAAAAGCACAAAGGACCGCAAGCCGUUUGAACAGGGGGUCGAAGUCGAGGGCAUACAAAAAAUGGUCGACAUCACGAUCGUGGAAGAGCGCAGGCCCGCAGCUUCGUUUGAUGUGGCCGACGAGGAGGUGGGCCGGACCACGCGGUCGUUCGACUUCCCCGAGCCUUGUGGGGAAUCGUAUGAUAGGAGGUGA